GCCCCCCGCCGCUCCCUGCCGACGCCUGAGACGCCUCUGCCCGCGCCGCAGCCCUGCCCAGCCUGCACCGCCUCGCCCCGCGCCCGGGGCACACCACAAGGCAGGACAUGGACUCCAUGUUCGAGGACGACAUCAGCAUCCUGACUCAGGAGGCCCUGGGGCCGGAUGAGGACUGGUUGGACAGUCCCAACACAGACCUCUCGGGGGAGAUGUGCUCAGCCUCCCACUUCGCCCUCAUCACCGCCUACGACGACAUCAAGAACCGGCUGACAGGGCUGGAGAGGGAGAACUCCACCCUCAAGCGCCGGCUCAAGGUGUACGAGGUCAAGUACCCCCUGAUCGGGGAGUUCGGGGAGGAGCACAUCUUCUCCCUCUACGGGGCCAAGGAGACGUCGCUGCUCAAGAGCGAGAAGGCAUCGCUGCAGCAGCAGCUCAACCAGUUCCAGCAUGAGCUGCAGAAGAGCAAAGAGCGUGAGGAGCAGCUGGAGGAGAUGAUCCAGGCCUACGAGAAGCUGUGCGUGGAGAAGGCUGACCUGGAGACCGAGCUGGGGGAGAUGCGGGCACUGGUGGAGACUCACCUGAGCCGCAUCCGGAGCCUGGAGCAGCAGCUGCGGCAGCGCGACGGUGCCACCUUCCCCGGGCUGGGCCCCCCUCUGCCAGGGCAGGAGGUGCCUUUCCUCACCCUGCACCCCAACCCCAGCCUGACCCACGUGCUGGAGCGGGCUGGGGGCUGGCAGAGCCGGGGGCUGGAGGCUGAGCUGGAGGCAGCACGGCAGGAGGCGCAGCGUGCCCAGCACCGGGAGGAGCACCUCAAGGCCGAGUGUGAGAGGCUGCAGGCGGAGCUGAAGCAUCUGCAGGACACCCGGGAGCAGGAGCAGUCGGAGCGGGACAUGGCCUGGGUGAAGAAGGUGGGCGACGACCAGGUGAACCUGGCACUGGCCUACACGGAGCUGACAGAGGAGCUGUGCAGGCUGAGGAACCUCAGCUCCCUGCAGAGUCAGAUCCUGCGUGCCCUGCUGCAGGAGAAGAGCCUCAAUGGGGGCCAACGCCACUCUCCGUUGUCCCAGUGCCACUCCCCCCUCUCCCAGUGCCACUCUCCGUUGUCCCAGUGCCAUUCCCCAGCCCAGCAGCGCCGCUCGCCCGGCCCGCAGUGCCCCUCCCCCGCUCCUCCGGGCCGUUCACCGGCACCCCAGUGCCAGUCUCCGGCCCUCCAGCGCCGCUCCCCGGGACCCCCCAGUCAAUCCCCUGCCCAGCAGCGCCGCUCGCCGGCCCCCGGCCCCUGCCAGUCCCCUGCCCAGCAGCGCCGCUCGCCGGUGCCACCUUCCUCCAACCAGUCCCCCGCCCAGCAGCGUCGCUCCCCGGUGCCGCCGCCGCCGCCUUGCCCCUCGCCGGCUUCGGCGUCGCCGCACCGGUUGCCGGCCGAGAGGAUGGAGCUGGGCUACGCCAAGCCCUCCAGCCGCCACAUCAAAGCCGGCUUCCAGGGCCGCCGCAGCUACUCGGAGGUGACCAACGUGGCCCUGUACCAGCAGAACCGCUCCCUCUGGCUCCAGCCCGAAGCCUCCACCCUCCCCAAGCACCGACCCUACGGGGAGGUGUAUCUGGGGGGCGCGGGGUCCCCCCUCAGCGCCCGGGAGCCCUUCGAGGAGCACCUGCGCUUCGAGAAGCAAUCCUCCGAUGAAGAGGAGUGGGCUCUCCCCAGCCCCCCCAGCCCCGAAGCCGGAGCUAUUCGUUGUGCUUCCUUCUGCGCCGGCUUCCCCAGCCCCGACGCCGACGCCGCGCACCGGACGGCUGCCGCCUAUGCCCGGGCAGAGCAUGCCCAGUCCUGGCCCUCCAUCAACCUGCUGCUGGAGACGGUGGACUCGGAGGUGCGGAGCUGCCCCCUGUGCCAGUUGGCCUUCCCCAUUGGCUACCCAGACGAUGCCCUGGUCAAGCACAUCGACUCCCACCUGGAGAACAGCAAGAUCUGAGCCUUCCCCACG